CUUUGACACGGGGAAGAUGUGCGACCAGACCUUUUUAGUGAAUGUGUUUGGCUCCUGUGACAAGUGCUUCAAGCAGAGAGCUCUGAGGCCGGUUUUCAAGAAAUCCCAACAACUCAGCUACUGCUCGACAUGUGUGGAAAUUGUAAGUGCCACCUCUUGCGGACUCGAGCUCUCCGUCCUGGACACAGAGGCACGGUCCCUGACCCAUGCGCUGCCAGGCUGGAGGACAAGCACCCAGGGCGGGUCAGGCACUCUGUGGGGCCUGCCUGGGGCCAGCUCUGCCUGUUCCCGGAGGUCCUGGAACCCGGCUCCCUUGGGACAGGGACCUAAGAGUCCCCGCAAGGGAAGGGCCAGGGAGCCCAGAGCCCUCGUGGUUUGCGGUCCACCUGGUCAUCGGCUGUCUGAAGAGCCCGCUCUGCCAUCCCGGCCCCCAGAGGACUGUGACCGCUGCUUCCACGUCACAGCUCUGCCCCUGCCUGACCUGCUCCUCCCUCGUCCUUUGUUCUGCUGGGCCUGCGGGAAAAUUGGAGUUGUGCUCCCAUCUCAGGGUCUGCCCUGGGACCCCUCCCCGCCCAGUGGCGUUUGCCGUCACGUGGUCAGACGGCAGAUGGCCCGGCCCUCACUCCCACGCUGUGCCCCUGCCCUGGUCCGACAUCCGCGAGCCUCUGAGGACGCGGAGCCCCUGGUGGGCGUCACAGUGUCACGCACCUCUGUGUUCCCGCUCUCAGAGCGCCCCGCCUCGGUGCCACUCCUGGCCCGGGACCCAAGGACAUUCACCAUAUCCUCGAUCACAUGCUGUGUACAGAAGGGAGUGCUUGGAAAGCACGGUGUCCUGAGCAAACCCAAGGGGCAAGCCCUCAGCUCCGUGUGGCCGAGGCCUGACCGAAACAGCUGGGCCUCCUGUGCCUGCCCUGAGCGCGGGGCUGAUGGACGCUGUCUCCCAGUGCACCAGGUGGCGGAGCGGGUGGAGGCCCUGGGCCAGUUCAUCAUGAAGACCAGGCGGACCCUCAAGGGCCACGGAAACAAGGUGCUGUGCAUGGACUGGUGCCGGGACAAGCGGCGGAUCGUGAGCUCCUCCCAGGACGGGAAGGUGAUCGUGUGGGAUUCCUUCACCACCAACAAGGAGCACGCCGUGACCAUGCCCUGCACUUGGGUGAUGGCCUGCGCCUACGCCCCGUCCGGAUGCGCCAUCGCCUGUGGGGGCCUGGAUAACAAGUGCUCCGUGUACCCACUGACCUUCGACAAGAACGAGAACAUGGCGGCCAGGAAGAAGUCGGUGGCCAUGCACACCAACUACCUGUCAGCCUGCAGCUUCACCAACUCCGACAUGCAGAUCCUGACGGCCAGUGGCGACGGGACGUGCGCGCUGUGGGACGUGGAGAGUGGGCAGCUGCUGCAGAGCUUCCACGGGCACGGGGCCGACGUGCUGUGCCUGCACCUGGCGCCCUCGGAGACCGGGAACACCUUUGUGUCCGGGGGCUGUGACAAGAAGGCCAUCGUGUGGGACAUGCGCUCCGGCCAGUGCGUGCAGGCCUUCGAGACCCACGGGUCGGACAUCAACAGCGUGCGGUACUACCCCAGCGGGGACGCCUUCGCCUCGGGCUCCGAUGACGCCACGUGCCGCCUCUAUGACCUCCGGGCCGACAGGGAGGUGGCUGUGUACUCCAAGGAGAGCAUCAUCUUCGGCGCGUCCAGCGUGGACUUCUCCCUGAGCGGCCGCCUGCUGUUCGCCGGCUACAAUGACUACACCAUCAACCUGUGGGACGUGCUCAAGGGCGCGCGCGUCUCCAUCCUGUUCGGACACGAGAACCGCGUCAGCACGCUGCGGGUGUCCCCCGACGGCACGGCCUUCUGCUCGGGGUCCUGGGACCACACCCUCCGGGUCUGGGCUUAGCCCUCCCUGGAGAUGCAGCAGGACCCGCGCUCCGCCGGCUUGGUGAGGAAGCUUCCUGCCGCCCGCACACGCCCACCCCGGGGACUGCAGUGUGCUUGCCUCAGGCAGCCACGGUUGUCGGUUUUCCUGGUUGCCCUGCCUUUGCGAAGUUACUUCCCAGUCUCCAGUCACUGUCACCCAGGGCCCGGCCCUGCGCCCGGCCAGCGGGAGAGGAGAGGGGCUCCAGCACCAGGCCUGGUCAGGCAGCAGCGGCGCUCGUAAAGCGUGUGUUUCACCAGCUGCUCCUGGUCUUCUCCAUGAGACCCGUUUGUCUAGGCGCUGCCACAGGCGGAGCUGAGGCACAAAGCACGGGGCAACAGCCCGUGUCACCCGGGCACAGAGGGCCACUGCUGUGACACGCAUGCUGCUGAGAGCAAGCUCAACUCCAAAGCCGACUAGAGCCGGCGUGGUGGCCCACGUCUGUGAUCCCAGCACUCGGGCGGCCGAGGCAAGCAGGCUGCUGCGAGUUUGAGGCCAGCCUAGGAUACGUAGUAGACCCUGUGUUUCAAAAAAACAAAACAAUUCAUAAUAAUUAAAUAAGUGCUGGUGAGCAGUAUUAGUACAGACAAGUCCCAGUGGGUCCUGUCUGUAUCGGUCACACCUGCGCUGUGGCGGGGUGGACAGUCGGCGGGUCUCAGGCCGUACUGUCCUCGUUCCUCUCCUGACAGAAGAAAACAGCAUCAAGGGAGCAUCUGUCUUUGUCUAAAACUCAGAAUUCCUGUAGGAGACAUGAGGACUGGUGUGUCACAGGGCCGUUUCUUUCCUCUCCUCCUCUCCCUGGGGUGCAGAGGGAAGGACCUGGGCGUUCUGGGGUCACAUGUGUCGCAGUCAGUGUGUUCGGCAGCUGCGCCCCCAGCCACCCCCGCCCCUCUGGGCGCCCCAGCAGUCCCGCAGCACCCCCGGACCCAAGCUUUGGAUUACGGCAUGGGGGCUGUGAGAGCUCCGUGAAAUAAAUUGUAUUUUG